AUGAACAACCAUUCGACUGCAUUGAAAAUGUCUAGUUUUGUUCGAAUUCGUCUUAGUUUUCAACGUUCUUUGCCCUUAGCUGAGGCACAGAACUGCUGGUUUCUCUUUGAUACCUCCACAUGCAGUACGAUCGCUGAUUUAGAGUAUUUAAUCAAAGAAAGAUUUGGAGGGCAAUCCAAGAGAGAAAGAUCAUUUCAAGUGAUAAAUCUCUACCUGGAUGACUACCUGCUGCCGUCACAAGAGAAGAUUGAGAUUAUCCAGCAAAAUGAUAACAUAAGGUGUGUGUUUUCGAUCUGAACUCUUUAAUUUUCGACUUUUAUCUAGAUUUCGAAAGUAGUCAGUACAUGCAUGACCUAAAGUAUAUGCAUCAGUCAAUUCUAGCUGCACCCUGUCUGAUGAGCCAGUCUGCCAAUCUGCUUGUGUUUGGAUUUUGGGUAAAAACUACCUGUAUGUAAAAAGCUUAGGGGUGUCCCCAGGGUUGGCAAAUGCCCGACCCCUGGUUUUGCAAAAUUUGCUUAUACCCCCACUCCCGCCGCUAACAAGGCAUUCAGAUGCCCCACAUUUCCCUGGGGGUGGGGAUGGGUAUAGCUGGAAUUGAUUGAUCCGUUAUGGCACUUAUAAUAAGUAUUCAAAUUAAGAAAAAAUUACUAUUGUGAACCAGUUUUGCUGGCUGGUCAAUAGAAAAUAUUUUGCCUCUUGCUUUUUGUAAUGAAUGCCUCUUUGAUCUCAAUAUCAUCCAAUUCAUCAUCAUCAUGUUGCAUCGCACCAGUAGGUUUAUAAAGCCAAAAUCAUCCAAUUACCUGAUUGAUUUUUAAGCCCUUAUUACCAUCAGGACAACUUUCUAUGUCUAAGAAAUAGUAACUGUUGAAAUUUUAAUUUGGGAUGUCCAUGGCUGUCUUUUGUUAAUUUGAGGGGACCAUCUCUAUAUAUAAAUACUCAAGUUAGUUAAGUGCAUGCACAAAAUAAUGAGUUUUUUAAAAAAAUUAAAGUCUUUUUUAAGUUUAUAAUUUGUACAUCAAAUAACAGAGUGGAAUUGGAACAAGCCAGUAAAAAGCAUUCAAGAGAAAAUGAGAAGAAUUUCAAAGGUGAGAGGAAGUUUCACACUGUUAAUAAUCAUUAUGUAUGAGACAAACUCUUUAUUGUAAUUAUAAGCAAUUAUUGUUGGAUGAGGGUGCAGAGCAAAGCAUUGGUAUUGUAAGUGGCAUAACACUUUGAGAGAUGCUGACAAACAGAGAUGUUUAUUGUUGACAUUGCUUAUGUCCUGUGCUAUUUUUGAAUUAGUUAGUGCCAAAAAAGGUGUAUUUUUGACUGCAAUAAUAUGACAAAUAAUACAGACACCUGUUAAUACCUCACUUUCUAUGGCUGUCCUCUCAAUGUCCCUUUUGGGGUAGGACUCUACUUACAUGUUGCUGAUACUUUGCUUUACUAUCUACAAACUGUAUGUGUUUUUUGUUUUUAUUUUAAGAUGUCAGAACAAAGGUUAAAAGAAAACAGAAAACCACUGUCUUGCCAGUCAACAGGUAGAGUAUUAACUACUCUUUACUUUAUUGAAUUCACCAGGGUGACUAAACAUGGUGACAGGGGAUGAAACAGGACUAAGGUCCCAACUGAUAUCAACCCCUUUAUUACCUAUCCAUCCAAUGAAAGGUUGUACCACACCACCAGGGUUUACACCCCCUACAUUUUACAGACAGCAGUGUGAGUUCUUCUACGUCCCACAAGAAUCAGAACAUUGAAAGAGCUGUGAGACGGGACCUACAGUUUUUCAUCCUUAUCUGAGAAGACUAGAAAUAUAUCUCAAUCCAUUCUGGAUGUCACAUCUAAGGCAGCACAUUUUCCUCAGUUAUUUUAAGACCUUAAGUGUUUUCUGGCCAGGAUUUGAACCUGCAACCUCCUGCUCAUCAGACCAGCACUUAUCCAAUUGAGCUAAUCAGGCAGCAGUUGUUUUUGGUAAAAAAUUGAACACUUAUAGAGGGUGAAGUGGAGUAGCAAAUUAAAAUUAUUGUGGCUAACAUCCUAAUGUUAUAACAGAUAAGCAACCCAUUCUAACUUGAAAUACUCCAGAUUAAAAGCACAGUGCUCUGACCACUCAGCAGCUCUCCCUCCCUUAACAUUGAGUACCGAUGAUCGGUAGUUUUUUGUUUGCCAUAUAUAUAUUUAAGUGACAGUCUUCUUGAUUUGUUGUAACAGAAGACACCUAUUGUAUGUUUCUGUGAAAAUGUCAGACAUUACCAGUUAUAGUGAAGAAGUUGCUGAUUAUGUUAACUGUUGAUUGCAGACAAAUGUAAUUAUGCUUUAACAGCGCUAGCACUUUGGACAAUUAUUGGAUUUUAGCGCUAUAUAAAUAAAAUUAUUAUUAUUAUUAUUAUUAUUAACAAUAGUUUCUUUACUUUUUUUCCCUCAAGGGACAAAUCAAAGAAAAAAUUAAAAAGAAAGAGCUCCUGUCCUUCAACAAGUUAUACUGAAGCACAAAACCAGUCAGAUGAGUUGCCCAAAGGAAAGAGCAGUGUGAAAUACAAAAACAGCAAUCCAUCUGAGGCAAAACUUGGGAAGUCAAAUGUAGCCAAGAGAAAAAAUGAUGCUGAGCCUUUGAAAAGCAAUGCGAAAAAAAGUAAGACAAGUACAAAUAGAACAGGAGAUGUUCUUGUUAGUAAGGAUGUUGUUCCAAGAGGAAAUUUUUCCUCUGAGACUUCCAUUACUACAGAGUCAUUGAUGGAGUCAUCUAAAGAUUCAGGACCUUCGAUGUCACAUUCAAAGUCUCAUACCACUCUGAAUGGAAUUAAAUUAACAGCCUUAAAAGCUGAUGGCAAAAACAGCAAACAUUCAGGACAGGGAACAAAAAGCAAAUCAUUGCCACCAUCAAAAGGAACCAAAGGGAAGGCUGCCAAUACUGUAACAUCAAAGUCGUCAGCGUUACAGGAAAGAAGUAAAGGAAAGUCUGUGGCAAAGCCAUCAUCAUCAUCUUCGACAUCUUUAUUGUCAUCAAUAACUCGUGAAAGUAGACAAACUGAAGAGUCAGAAAGGGUGUUAACAAAAGCUGCUAAUAAGAAGUAUGUGUCAAGAACAUCCAAUGAAAAGGAACAUGCAAAAUCAGGGAGACUUAAUGCAAAAAAAUCUAAUGGUCAUUCAAAGAUGGAGAAAAUGUCUUCUUCAUUAUCAUCGUCGUCACUAUCAUCAUCGUCAUCAUCUUCAUCACCAAGUUCAAGUGAAAAUGAAGAGGAUUCUGCCUCAAGGGAAAUUUUCAAGGAAGCUGACACAUUACCGUAUCCAUUAUCUUCACCACCGUUACAACUGUCAUCUUCUUCGUUAAUUAGUUCUGCACUUGGCAGCAAUCAAGGAGAUAAUACUGUACCAUAUGUCAAAAAAUCUUUAGGUUUUAACUCAACUGAAAAGACUAAAGACGCUGAAAUGGUGAAGAAUUUGCAAAGAUCAAGGAGAAGCCAAAAUGGAAAGUCAGGUUAGUCAAGUUCAAGUACUACUACUAAUAAUAAUUAGUACAACAAUAAUACAACAAUGUACCGGUAUAUCAAUAUAGAGAUUGCUUUGAUUUUCAAUUGUCUAAAUAGAUUGUUUGUAUCUGUCAAUGCUGGUCAAAGUGAUAACAUGGUACAGUUGAAGCUGUUCUGGUGACCUCUUUCAUAAGCAACCAGCUUUAGUUACAUCCAGCAUUGUGAAACUCUAUAUGAACUGUGACUUGAGCUUUCUAAUGAAAAGGUCUUGUUGGCAACCACCCAGUCAACACUUAUAUAAAAUGACUUACUCCUUGAUCAAAUUUAGUUUCUUAUUUUUUUUUGUUUAAGAUUAUGUUUAUGGUGAGUUAACCAGUUUAAAAAAAUAUCAAAUCAAAGAAAAGUAUGAACCACAACAUAAUUAUUUUCAUGCACCAUUAACUUUUUUAAUUAGUACAAUUUUAUUUUAGGCCCUGGGCACAUAAGGUUUGAUUCAGAGGAUGAUACCUCUGAAAAAGAAGAGGAAAGCUGCUCGGAGAUUAACAUCACAGGUUCUCUUGAUAGCUCAGUACCUUAUCAAACUCAUUUGACAGCUAGCUCAAAGGAUGAUCAGACAAGUUCCAUAUUAAUUACUGAUAAAAAACAGGUAACUAUGUUUGUUUAGUGCAACGUUUCAUUUUGGGUAUAGUUAUUUAUGAUAAUGUCAGUUACUGGAAGUACCCGAAAUCUCAUUGGGACAAGCCCAAGUUACCUUAACAAUAGAUUGUGGAUGCUUCAAAUCUGGUAUCUUUAUGGAUACCUCAAUCUAUAACACCAACCCCUCCCUAUUAUGCAGUCAUGUCCUAUAUACUCCACUAGAUUAUGGUGGACAUAGAAUGGAGUCCACUGGACUUACUAGAAGUCUAGUUGUGAAAAUGAAACUAGAAAUUAAAACAAAUUUAACCUUCCCAGUUGUUCGAAGGCCAAUAUUAGCGCUAACCUGUGGUUAAAUUUUAUUCUGGGUUUCUUUGUCUGUUGUUCAAAAGCAUUUUCUUGGAUAAUUUUCUCUUUUAUUUUUCAAGCAUCCAAUCAUAAAAUUGUAGACAAAAAGAUUUCAACUGAAUUUGUUUCCUAAGCUUUCUUCUGAAUGAAAAUUUUGCACUAACUCUAAGUUAUAUUAACCCAGCUUUGAACAACCCGGCCCAGUAAAAGGAAAAAAAUCGUCCAGGGAGAUUCGAGUGGUAAAAAUGGAGUUACCGGAAAUCAAAGUCAUGAAAAGAAAUCGAAAGUAAAACAAUUUAACCUUAGGUUGGGUAGAAAAGUCAUCCAAUGGAGUCCAUCAGAGUUCACGGGAAACACAUCGAGUGCAUGGAGUUACCCGAGGUCUAGUCAUGAGAUGAAACCAGAAGUCUAAACAUUUUAACAUCUGUGAGGCUAAAAUAGUUGUCCAGUGGAGUGCAUUGGAGUCCACUGGAGUUAUGGAAAGUCUGUUGGCAAAAUACCUUGUUCUGUUAGCCAUGACCACAAGUGUAUUUGCCUCUUUUUUUGACGAAGGAGAACAAACUUUUUUUUAUUGGUGCUGUAUUUUUGUCACCUUUUUGAGUCCACUUGCACGUGUAGAGUCAGAAGUUAAAAUAUAGUCAACGACAACAACAACAUUUAAAGACUUUAUCUAUUCUUGCCAGCGAAUAACCAAGAUUAUGAACCUUUUGUUAUCUAGUUGUUUGUAAGAUUAUACUUCCUUUUUUGCUUUCUUUGUUAACAGGAACCAUCUCGGCGAGAUUACAGUCUUUGCACUCCACUCCACGGUCCACCCCGAAGUGAAGACAAGAUAGCCUACAAGGUUAGUGUGGGCUGGCAGAAUAAGAAACUUUGGUACUGGAGAGGUUUGAGUCACUUUUACGGCAAACAGAAAACGGCAGACACAAGUUGAGAAUUUUUCUAAAUAGAACAUGAGCAUAUCAAUAAAAACAGUACACUUACCGUAAGUAUGCUUAUUAUAAUGAAUAAAGUUCGCAUUUACCUCAGUCUACUUUACUUACAUCCUGAAAAAAGUGGCAACACAGCUGUCGAACAUUUCUGGCGGGAUUUCAGUUGGUUUGUUGUUUCGAAAACGUGGAUCCAUCUCGGUCUUUUCAACACUGGAUAGCUGUUGCUCUAACUUCUUUGUCCGUUGUAGUCCGUUUGAUUUCGUUUGUAUUACUUUUGUAACUUUGACAUCCUAGAAGUCCGAAUGGAAGUUAAAACUAGGGUUUUAUAGUGUUGUAAAAGUUUUGGCCGUCGGUAUCUGCUUUAUUUUUCGGCGGGAAAAUGUGAAGUAGGCCGCAAGCAUCGCCGGGGUUUUUCGUUAUGCAGUGGGUUUUCGUGCUUUCUGAUUCGCUGUAUUAAAAAGUGUUCAAAAGUAUUCAUCUAACGGGGAAGUCGUGAGAUACUUUUUUAUGCCUUGUUUUCUAUAUAUGUCUAAGUCAUUUUAGCGGACUGAUAAUUUUCAUUUAAUACUAAUUUGAAAAUUCUUCCCUUUAACAGGUGCUAGAAUUAUCAGCAUCCUACACACCUGAAGUUUCAGACUACAAGGUACAUAUAAGAUUCUGGGAAAACUGUGUCCACCUACCCUUCCCCUAACCCAACAUUUUGUCGUAAGUGAGAAGUUAGUGUUAACGUUGGAUUAGGGGAGGGGUAGGUGGGGACAGUGCCACAAAAAACAUGUCCAUUAAACAUCAGACUGCUUUCAAAAGUUUAGUUUUAUCGGCCGGUAGCCUGAGUAGAAAUUCCGUACUGAUAUCACUACCCAGAUCUGGGUGGAGCUUCUGAUUGGUUGAAGCAAAUUUUCGUUUGUGCGUCUUUUUUCCCUCCACCUGCUACGCAGGCUAACGUCUCUCCUGCGAGACGUCCCUAACGGCGCGUGGCGAAAAGAGACGGCAAUAUUCGCAGGCUAUACUACUCAGUCGGUAGAGCGCUUGACUGCGGAGCGGAAGGUCGCGGGUUCGAUUCCCGGGGCCGGACAAUUACUCAGCGUGUUAAAAUAACUGAAAAAUGAAGGUACUCCCUUUGCACUGUAAGCGGCUAGACCUUCGCGUGGCUCGGAUGACCACGUAAAAUGGCGGUCCCGUUUCCAUUAGGAGACGUUAAAACUACUGUCCCCAAUUAGUACUUCCGUGCUAAAUACAUUGACACUCAAAAACGCAUUUUUUUAGACUAAAUUUGGCGAGCGUCAGUUGCGCAUGCAACAGUCUGAAACAGUGUUUCAUUUGGUUAAGAUUAGCCAGCGCAGUAUGCAAAUUUAAUUGGCCCUAUCCUCUCUUUUCCAUGAGUGUCUUUACAUUUCCCUUCCGUAUGUACGUUACUUCAUUUAUUUGGAUCCUGCCAAAACCUGGUUAUCUCUCUUCUGUUUUGUUCAUCAUACAGGAAGGUACUGUUCUUUCUUAUGACCCAAUUAGUGGAGCUGUUAGUGUUGAACUUACAAAGGAAUCACUGAAAAAGACCCAAGGUAAGUUUGGUUUGGUGCAGAAAGUGAAUGAUUAAGUGAAUGUCAACAGCGCUUUCAGGCUACGGAUGGAAAAUUCGUGCGUUUAAGUGUUUCGUUCAGACGGAACCACUCUAAAUGUACGAAAGUUUAGACACCUAGCCGUUCAGCCGUUAUGGUCAAUAAAAAAAUUUGACCGGCGCGGUGUGAACACCAUAACGGUUUAAAAUUUUUGUGUGGCAAAGGCGUGGUUGCAUGGAUGCGUGGUAACUCAGCUGGGAGACGCCAUUUUGGAUUUGCUAAAGUAGUGUUCUGCGCAUGGACAGAUACUAAAACCUCAGAGAAUAAUUAAAAUUUGCCUUAUCCGUCAGUUCCGUGUGAACGGAGUGAAAGCAUUGAACGGUUCCAUGUGAACGCAGCGUUAGGUGCGGUCACACCACUGCAACUGCCGAAUAAGUCAACAUCUCCUAUCUUGUUUUCUUCCCACUUCAUUUGGGGUAACGUGACGUGAUGAUAUGCCGACGGCAAACAUAAGCAGCUUUUUGCUGUUUGCUGUAAACGUGGUGCUUAACCUCUCUUUCUAUUGCACGCAGUUUUAUUUUUCCCGGUAAAAGGCUCAUUGCAAUGCAACACUUACUUCGUCCAAUCAUAAGUCGCAGACAAUAAAAUGAGCCAAUCAGAACCAAUCAGAACCGAUGCAAAUGCCAGUGCUGUGUAAACUAAUGACAGUUGAUUUUGUUACAGCCGACUUUUGACCAAAGACAAAUAGGUCAGCGCUAUCGUAGCCGCUAUACAUUUAUCUUUUUAAUAAAACGUAUACAGUAUUUGAUAUUGAUGUCCGUUCUUUGGAUAUUCUCACUGUUGCUAAAUAUGACAGUGAAAUUCAUCUUCUAAAAUGUUUUCUUUUGUUUACUUCAGGCGAUGGAAACGUUUCCAGAAAGUUUGAACUUGAUGAUGGUGAAAGUGAAGAAGCAGACUCGGAGGUACAUUUUAAAUUUGGUAGACAAUCAGAGAUGGCGUUAGCCUUCAAAUACAGCCGCUUCUCUGGCUCGCCUCUCUCGCCAAACAACCCAGCAACGAAAGACUCAGAGACGGCUGUAUUCGCAGGCUUCUGA